CGGGCCGGGCCGGCUGCUCCGUCCGCACACGUGGGGCGGCCCCGACAUGGCGCAGCCCGGGCAGAGCGCGGCCGCCGCGCUGGCCUCCAGCCUGGAGUCGGUGCUGCGGAGCCGGGGCAGCGCCAACCGCGUCUUCGAGAUCCUGGAGCUGCUGCAGGCGGACGAGGAGGACGUCGUCCUUUGUGCCAUCAGAACCUGCAGCCGGCUGUUCGGGGCGCUGCUGGAGCGGGGAGAGCUGUUCGUAGGCCAGCUGCCGGGAGAAGAGACCUCUCUCCCAGAUAACUACAGUGCAGAAGACAAGUACAAAAUAUGGAUGAGGCAUCGUUAUAACAGUUGUGUCAACUGCUUGGUGGAGCUGAUGGGCCAUGAGUCUUUUCAGGUCAAGGAAUUAUCACUCGCUACCCUCAUGAAGUUUGUUGAGUUGGAAGGGAAAUACCCUUUGGUCAAAGCAGAAUGGAAGGGGAGUUUCAGUUUCCCUCAUGAGCUUUUAAAAUUAGUUGUGGAGAACUUAAUCCCUUGUGAAGAGGACUCUUCGCUCCUGAUUUCACGUUUCCAAGAAUACCUGGAGUAUGAUGACAUUCGGUACUUUGUAAUGAAGGCUGUCGCUGAAAAUAUUGGACAAGUCAUGCAGAAGACAAAAGAGGUUCCGCUUCCAGUUUACCAGCAGAAUGUCUUUUCCCUCAUUUCAUCAAUUAGCAUGCCAAGCAAAGAGAAUGAGGUGGUUAAUUUCAUGGUAAAGCAAGCUAACCAGGAAGAAUGGAAGGUAUCAAAGCUAAAGGAGCAUAAGCGGGCUUUUGAAAGGAUGUGGCUUGGCUUUCUUAAACACAAGCUACCCACCGGCCUUUACAAAAAGGUUCUUGUAAUUUUGCACGACUCUAUCCUGCCUCACCUGAAUGAACCCACCCUUAUGAUAGACUUCCUGACAGUCGCCUAUGACAUAGGUGGAGCCAUCAGUCUUCUAGCCUUAAAUGGGUUAUUUGUUCUGAUUCAUCAGCAUAACCUGGAAUACCCCGACUUUUACAAAAAGCUGUACAGCCUCUUAGACCCCUCCAUAUACCACGUGAAGUACCGAGCCCGGUUUUUCCAUCUAGCGGAUUUAUUUUUGUCUUCAUCGCACUUGCCAGCGUACCUGGUGGCAGCGUUCAUAAAGCGCCUCUCUAGGUUGGCCCUCACCGCUCCUCCCCAGGCUUUGCUCAUGGUCAUUCCCUUCAUCUGCAAUCUUUUCCGGAGGCACCCAGCUUGCAAGGUUCUUGUGCACAGACCCGGCGGGCCUGAAGCUCUGUUGGAAGAUCCAUACAUUAUGGAUGAGGAAGAGCCAUCCGAGAGCAGGGCUUUGGAGAGCUCGCUGUGGGAGCUACAGACCCUUCAGAGCCACUAUCACCCUGAUGUGGCCCAAGCAGCUGCCGUUGUGAACCAGUCGCUGUCUGAACUAGAGGAUGACAUAUCGGAGCUCCUGGAGCUAUCUGCCUACGAGCUUUUCGAUAGAGAGCUAAAGAAAAAAGCCACCAGCAUGCCCCUGGAGUUUGAACAAGUGAGAGGAUUGUUUGGCAAGAAGGACGAUCUCUUUGCAGAGCAUUUUGCGCUGGAAUGAUGCUGCCUUUCGGUGCUGGGUUUUGGCUCCUGCGUGCAGAGGCUGGAAGAACAGACUCGAUUUCCUAAAGCAGCUGUUCACACACAACACCAACUAACUCCAUCUACUAUGGUGGCGAUGGGACCAAAUUCUUGCAUACACGUCAGUCACUUGGUACAAAGUUGCCUUAGCAGAACAUUACCAGAGGCUAAAUCUCUCCUGCUUUGAACAUGAGCAUACUCUUGGGGAUUACUGUGGCUAAAUUCCCAGUCAAACUGCAGUGGGAGGCCAUGCUGAUCCUAGGUAUUUAUUAUCUUCCCAAGUGCUGAGAGUUGGUUAAACAUAGUUCCACUUACAACUUGGAGGAAGAGGAACGUAGCCAGUGGAAGCCUGAAUGCCAGUCAGGAGUUAAAUCGUGUCUUUCCACUGUUUGAUGAAGCUAGGUGAAUAAAGUCCCAGACUUGGAUUUCCAGAAGUGAUGCAGAAAUUUCCUUUGCUGUUGACUUGUGCUUGAAUCUUGCAAGAUGUUGAGUGCACAGCCGGAGAUCCAGCUACGCGCAUGCUUAAGUUAAGCAUGUGAGUAGUCUCUUUGAAAUCAAUGGGAUCCAAUGGUCUUUAACAAGUUGCUCUUGCUCAGUUAAUUUUUAGCUCUGUCUUGCAACAAUUUGAACAGAAAAUGUUUCUCCAUCUCCUGCAAGAAGCAGGUAGAAGGUGGGAGAGACCUAAUUUUGGCAAGGGGUGGAAGGACAGAGGUAGAAAUCUCAAGCUCCUGCAUAAGUUGGGACAGAAUACAUCCUAUGAUAGUGUCCUCUAACUGACCAGCUUUACGUUUUCUCCAAGCUAAGUGUAGAACAAGUAGCAAAUUACCAAGGGCCACGUACAAGGAAUUGACUAGAUAAUUCUAUCGGUGGCUAUGGAAGAUGUGAUCCUACUUCCCAGAGUGCAGUGUUGAACCCAUCUCCUGGGGUUGUUUGCUCUCCAGCACCUCUGCUGUUUUCACUUCAGAUAAACUUCCAAAGGAUUUGGCUGGGAUAGUCAAGGGAUGUUUAGGGAAUUAGGUGCUGAACUCCAGUUGAAUUUCAGUAAGAGCUGGGCACCUGACUUCCUUAGGAAGCGCCCGCCAUCAUUAUUGGCUUCUCAUGUGCAAAGGCAGGAAUGUGGUCUCAGCUGGUCUCCUUGCCCUCUGCUCCUCGUCUUCUGAUAUCAGUGGAAGGGUGAUGCAGUGCUUGUGACAUUAUCCAGUGACUUAGGAGUUCUGGGUUCAAGCCCCCACUGUGCCUCUCCCCCUUAUCUGUAAAGGGGGGUGAUAGCACUGCCCUACCUCACAGGGGUGUUGUGAGGAUCAGUACAUUAAAGAUUGUGAGGUGCCCAGACACAACAGUGAUGGGAGUCAUGUAAGGACCUAAGAUGUUCUUGAAUAAACUUGUCGGAUUUUUAA